GAGAAUGCUAUUCAGGCGAUGAAAACAGGGAGCACAUUAGUGCUGCCUGCCCAGCUGGCUUUUACAGUCCGCCACGGAACCCGCAGAGUUGCCAGCCGUGCCCGUGCCCGAGUGGCCAUGGCUGUUCAGUGUUGCCGGAGACACGGGAGGUGGUUUGUGAUAACUGCCCUCCAGGAGCCAGUGGCUCUCGUUGUGAGUUUUGUGCUGAUGGCUAUUUUGGAGAUCCCUUGGGUGAGAAUGGUCCACGACGACCCUGCCAGCGGUGCCAGUGCAGCAACAUUGAUCCAAAUGCUUCUGGGAUUUGCAACCGUGUGAUGGGGGAGUGCAAAUGCAAGGAUGGCUUCUUCGGAAAUCCCUCAUCUCCUAAUCCAGCAGAGAAAUGUCGAGCUUGCAAUUGCAACUCAGUGGGUGCUGAGCCCCUGCGGUGUCAUAGUGAUGGAAGCUGCAUUUGUAAGGCAGGAUUUGAAGGGCCCGGCUGUGAACAUACUCGCUGCCCAGCCUGCUAUGGACAAGUGAAGGCACAGGUCGAUCAAUACCUCCAGCAGCUGCAAAGGCUCGAGGUUCUCAUCUCCCAGGCUCAGACAGGGGAAGUGCCUGGAGAUAAUGCAGAGCUGGAGAGGAAGAUGAGAGAGGCUGAACAGAUGCUCCAGGAAGUCCUGAGAGAAGCCCAGACUUUGCAAGCUACCGACAGAUCCUUGGAGGGCCGCCUCUCCAAGAUGAAAGGUCAAGAAUUCACCUACCGGAGCCAGCUGGAUGAGAUAAAUGACACAGCCAAUCGGCUACAGUCUUUGGGUAAUCAGUACCAGAAGCAGGUGCAAGACACCAGGAGCCUCAUCCAGGGAGCUCGCUUGGGUUUGGAGCAAAGCAAGGCAAAGCUAGGAGGAGUGGUUAUUCCAUCUUCAGAUCUCCCUGGAGGGUCAAACAGGUUUUUAAUCCUUGCCCAAGAAGCCAUGAAGUUAGCAAACAGCCACAUGCAGCUGGCGAAUACGAUUGAGCAAGCAGCCAGGGCAGCCGAGGAUGCUUCAAGCCAAGCGCUGGCUUUGGUGCAGUCAGUUACAAGCGGAGGAGGCGUCCUGACAAACUCUGUGCAAGGACUCCAGAAAAAGUAUGAUGAGGUGAAGUUGCUGUCCAGUGAACUGGAGGCUGAGGCCAACAGAGCUGCUUCGAGCACUGACCAGGCCUACCAAAGCAGCCAGCUGCUCUUCAGCUCCCUGGCUCGUUUACCAAAAGUUGACACGAGCGCCUUUCAGGAGGAAGCCAAGCAGCUCCGGCAGAAGGCGGACUCUUUAGCAGGCCUGGUGGAAAUUUACAUGAUGGAAUAUAAGCAGAUGCAAAGCAACAUGGGGAACAAAGAAGAUGAGAUCAAAGAGCUCUUGCAGAAAGGACAAGAUGACAGACUGGCGUCAGUCCAACUGUUGUCUCGUGCCAGCCUUGCCAAGAGUAUAGCCCAGAAGGCACUGAAUGCUGGCAAUGCCUCUUUAGAGGAAGUUGAUGGCAUCUUGAGGAACCUGAGGGAGUUCAAUCUGCAGGUAGGCGACAAGCAAAGGGAAGCCGAAGAGGCCAUGCGGAAGCUUCCUCUCAUAAGCACCAUGGUCACCAGUGCCAACGAGAAGACCAGGCGUGCAGAAGAGGCCUUGGGCACGGCUGUUACGGAAGCAGAGGAGGCCCGAAGAAUGGCUGGGGAGGCAAAGGAGAUCGCUGUGGGCAUUGAUCAGGAAAUAGGAAGGCUGACCUUGGAAGCCAACAGGACAGCAGAUGGGGUCUUGGCUCUGGAGAAAGGGAUAAUGUCUUUGCAAAGAGAGGCCCGGGAAGUGGAAAGCCAACUGCAAAGAAAAGGGCUGGAGGUUGACCUGGAUGCCUCCAUGGCACAGGAGGCUGUUCAGAUGUCCCAGAGAGCAAAAGCAGAUGCGGCAGGUGCCGGAGGUGCUGUCCAAGGGGUGCUGGGGGCCUUGGAAGACGUUCUGCGCCUGAUGGACCAACCACAGGCUGUGGACGAGCAAGGUGUGACCAUGCUUGAAGCGAAUCUUGCUAAGGCCAGAAGGAGAAACAUCGAGUUAAAAGAACUGAUGUUGCAGCUGGAGGAAACAGCCAGCCGGCAGAAACUCCGGAUCCAAACGUUAGAGAGGAGCAUCACUGAGAUCCUUGCCGACAUCAAGAACCUGGAGGAGAUCCGUGAUAAUCUCCCCACAAAAUGCUACAACAUACAGCCCAUUGAGAGACCUUGAAGACUUUGAGGGCAGAGGGGGCAGACUGAUAUGGGUUCCGUUCAUCAGGUCUUGCACACAAAUGUUAGGGUUAGGCCAAGGGUUUGGGCUUAUAGGAGAGAUCCAGGCCUCCUAGGGACUAGCUGUCUGUGACGCAGCUGAAUGGAUCUUUUUCGAGUUCAGUUCAUCAGGCCUGGAUGACAGUUUGCCUCAUUGUGGGUAGCAAUGUAACCACGCCACCACCAUUGGGAAAGAUUCCAGAUGUCCCAUUCCUGGGAUGCAAAGAAGAGACCGGGCUGUUUGAUGAAGAAGCUGACCAUGACCGGCUUGGCAUGCAAGAGACUGUGUUACUCGAAAAUAUACCGGCAGAAUGUGCCCUGCUCAGUGUGUGGAUGUAGCCAAAAUUUGUAACCAACAGCUGAACCUGAACACCCCCCAGCAUCCUUUCAGGUUAUCCCAGCCUUAUUUAAUGUAAUAAGAUGGAAGUCAUGCUCUUCUAAACUAAUUGUGCUCGGUUAUCUAUUCUUGCUGUGGAUGGUCCUUCACUUUCAUUCCUCCCCCAGUUGCUUUUUCAUCAAAAACCAAAUUACUCACACUGCAAAAGGGUAGGAUAAAUUUUGGAUGCUGGGAAAAUAUGUGCUAAGGUUGCCAACCUCCAGGUAGCACCUGGAGCUCUCCCGCUAUUACAAUGAC